AUGGGCUCGAGCAAGUCGGGAAGGGGAAAGUUAGGGUUGGAAGCAGAAGAUGAAGAAGGAAGAGGAGGGGGAGAUGAUGAAGAUGGAGAUGAGGAGGAAAUGAAGAUCCUGGUGGCUCUACGGCGGGGGGGAGUCUGGGAGUUGGAGGAAGUCACGUCGGAGAGGCCUGACAUAAAAACGCAGAGGACGGCAAAAGGAAGGAGAAAAUGCGAGAAAGGGGGGGGGAAACACUUACUGAUGACUUGCCGGAAUCUGGGUCCUGGAUUGGGACCAGCUCUUCCAUCGGCACACCGAGCUCACCAGGUCAGCUCGGUCAGGGGAAGCUCCGCGCUUCUUCACUACCUAUCGAUGUUUCGGAUUGGUGUUUCAUGCUCUUUAGAAAUUCAAAGGGACAGGAUGAAUAUUAAAGAUGUCCUCAGUGGAUUACAAGCAAUCAGGAAUGAGUUUGUUCAGGUCAUAGAUCUAUCUCAGAAUAAUUUGUCAGAGCAAAUUCCAGCUUCUUUGGCAAAAUUAAAAUUCAUCAGCACUCUAAAUCUUUCCUAUAAUAUGCUAGAGGGUGAAUUGCCAAUGGAUGGGAUCUUUGCAAACUCUAGUGCCUUUUCAGCACAGGGGAAUGGAAAGCUUUGCGGAGGAAUCAAAGCAUUGAACUUAUCAUCUUGUCCUAAACCUACCAAAAGGAAAGCAAAGCUCUCUAUCUCAUAUGCAGAAUUAUAUGAUUCCACCAAUGGUUUUUCUUCAGAAAAUUUGAUUGGUGAAGGUAAAUAUGGCUCUGUUUACAAAGGGGUCCUCAAACCUGAUGAGCAAAUGGUUGCUGUUAAGGUUCUUAAGCCCCACCAACAUGGUGCCCAUAAGAGCUUCUUGGUUGAAUGUGCAGCGUUGAGAAACAUCCGCCAUCGAAACCUUGUCAAGAUCAUAACCUCUUGUUCAAGUUUAGACUUCAAGCAGAACGAUUUCAAGGCUUUGAUUUUCGAAUAUGUGCCUAAUGGAAGUUUAGAGAAUUGGUUACAUCCAAGUUCAGCUGAGGAAGAGGGACAAAGCCUAAUGAAGCUCCAGUUGAUACAAAGACUGAAUAUUGCAAUCGACAUUGCGUCCGCCUUGGAUUACCUUCAUAACCAUUGUGGGACACCGAUUAUCCACUGUGAUAUAAAGCCAAGCAACAUACUUCUAAGUGAUGAUUUUCGUGCCUUGGUUAGUGAUUUUGGCCUUGCAAAAUUUCUUUCCUCCAUCGAAGGUAAAUCCCAUCAACAUCAAAGCAGCUCAGUAGCAAUUAAAGGAACAGUUGGAUAUGUUGCUCCAGAAUAUGGCAUGGGUGGAGAGGUAUCAACACAAGGAGAUGUAUACAGCUAUGGUAUUCUAUUGCUUGAAUUGUUUACAGGGAAAAGGCCUACUGAUAGCAUGUUCACAGAAGAUUUUAGUCUCCAUAGUUAUGUUAAGACGGCUCUUUCCCAUCAGAUAAUGGAAAUUGUUGAUCCAAAGAUCUCAAUGGAAGCAGAAUCCAUAGCAGGUAUAAUCACCAAAACAAGCAAAGGCGGCAGCAUCAGUCAGGAGGAACGCUACCUAUCGAUGUUUCGGAUUGGUGUUUCAUGCUCUUCAGAAAUUCAGAGGGACAGGAUGAAUAUUAAAGAUGUCCUCAGUGGAUUACAAGCAAUCAGGAAUGAGUUCGUUCAGGUUAAUGAGAUGAGAGCAAUGUGA